CAAAAGCAGCGCAAAUGCCAAACCACCUAAACCAAAUAUCUCUCUCGCGCCAUCCAACGGCUGAGGAUCGAUCCCAGCCACCCCGCCUAAUCUGACCCGUCGGAUUCAGCAGUGUUGCCCCAUUUGCUUUAUGAGCCUCUUGUCUCUUGUAUGCAUCAAGAUAAUUAUUGUAUUAAGCGCUGAAGGUCAUCUCUCUCUCUCUCUCUCUCUCUCUCUCUCUGUGAUGAGUUUCGGAUAUGAAAAUGGUGAUCACCUCUUCUAGAUUGGCAAUGUUACUCUUGUGGGGCUGGCUAGAGAAUUAGCACAUCAAUCUCUCUCUCUCAGAAACCCUCAAACCAGCACACAUUUUCCUUGGAGUUCCAGUUAGAGAGAUCGGCCUUGGCCUCGGCUUCGUCAAAUGUCGGUGCCCCAAUGGGUGGAGCCAUUGCUCUGCACCACAUUCUUCACCACCUGCUCGACGCACAGGGAUGCGGCAAGGAGCGAGUGCAACAUGUACUGCUUGGACUGCAACGGCGGAGACGCGAUCUGCUUCUAUUGCCACUCGUCGCGCCACAAGGACCAUCAAGUCCUUCAGAUAAGGAGAUCUUCAUACCACGACGUGGUGAGGGCUUCGGAGAUUCAGAAAGUGCUGGACAUAAGCGGAGUACAGACGUAUGUGAUCAACAGCGCGAGGGUGAUCUUCUUGAACGAGAGGCCUCAGCCGAAAUCUGGGAACAGAAUAGCUCAUGCCUGUGAGGUCUGCAGAAGGAGCCUCUUGGACCCUUUUAGGUUCUGCUCAUUGGGUUGUAAGAUUGCAGGGAUGAAGGGCAAUGGGGAUGAUCCAAGAAACUUUGCCGUGGAGGCCAAGAAUGAUGAGCAGACAAUUGGGAAGGUUAGAGAAGGCAAAAGCUCAAGGAGGGUCUUGACGAGGGAGAGAGAAGAAUCACAUGAGAGCUCAAGAAGAGACAAGUACCCACCAAAGUCCCUUCCGCUCAUUCCUUCAAGUGCAAGGAGGAGGAAAGGCAUCCCUCACAGAGCACCAUUUGGGUCCUAACCAAAAAGUUUAGGUCAUUUUCAGCUCCAAAAGCCAAACUCUAUGCCAAAAUGAACCUAACUUAGCUCAUAUAAGCUAAAAGAAUAGAGAGAGAUUCCUCUGUUUUUCUUUUUUCUUUUGAAGGGGGAGAUGAUAUUGAUCAUUCUGUGUCCAAAGGGCAAAAGGGCAUGUAAUAAGUCCUGCCUUUUUGAGUUCUUGGGGGCGGGUCCCCAAAUUGACAAACAAAUUGCCCCCCCUCAAUAAUGCCACGAUUUGCUGUGUGUUUGGAAUUGCAAGGUGUACACGCCAUUAACAUAUUGGGAGAAAGUCACCUU